UUGUGGCUCCUACAAACCGUAAAACCACACUAAUACAGUUCACAAAAGUGCACGUUUGACGUAUACUGCGAGAAGUUGAGGUCUCAGAUUGUAACACUAAUCUCAUAUGUAUUUGUCAAGCUGUUGCAAGAUUUCGAUUAACCGAGCACCCAACGACACCGAGGGUGCCUUCUUCGUCCGAUUCAAAGAACACAAAAGCAUUGAGCUGCAAGGCUUAGUAGCGAUACUGAGUAGUAUACCCUCAAGAGGACAUUCAAGCAAGAGUAGCUCCAACUUCUACCCCCUGGCUGGACUAAACUUCAACAACCUGAGUCCUCUUGGGAUGUUUCUGAACAGCAAGUGCGCAUACCUUGCUAACCAAUGGCUCACGUUGGAAGAAGCUAAGAAGUUCACGGAAGAUGUUGGGAUCUACGAUAACCUGGGCGAAGUUUGGAGAUUCCGUGAACAGCCGUCAGAGAACGUUGUGGCACGGUACCUCAACUGUGAGGAAUGCGGGGUUCUGGUUAUGCGAUGUAACCAAAGAGUCCUUGGUCACGCUCUGGAGAUGUGCCCAAGCGCAAAGUCUAGCCUGGGCAGCAACUCAGGUUGUGGACUAAGCCAAGUCCACAUGUACGUAGGCGAAUGCACGGCAUGUCUAACCCUGUUUCACGACUACGGACGUUGGCUGGAGCAUAUGAAGGAGCAUUAGGUAGUUCUCUCAUUAGAUAGGUUCAAUCUCAUUUGUUGUGUCUUUUGAUAUACCACUUACUUGUGCGUGCUCCUACAAACUCUUCAUCCACACGCCGCCUUACCUCUGUACGCGUAGUCUCGCCGCCGCAGCUUUGUACAUGCACCACUACACACUCAUCCUCCGCACACCCAGUCAUAUCACCCCACGCUCAGUCUCGCUUCCAUACACUCAACCUCGUCUUUACAACUUCAAACAGUCACCACCGCACGCCCAGCCUUGCCUCUACACAAAUUCUAGCUGACACAUAUGUAGCUUCGUACAGUCACGCCCGCGCAGCUAGUCUCACAUCCACACAACCAACUCCAUCCCCGCACGA